CUCUCUCUUUCUCUUUGAUUCGUUUUUCCUUCAGAUUCAGAGCGAUGGCGGCGAGCAAUAGUGCGGCGUACAGUUUGUUAGGGGAUCUGCGAGUGUCCGUGCUAGAGCGUUAACUCGCUCUUAACCACAAAUUCGCAGAUCCGACUUGGACACGAAGGCGAACAGUCGAACACGAAGGAACUGCAAUUCUACGUUUUGUUGUAAAACUCAUUGCUAUCUAAGAGGGACGAACGAAAUAUAACCUAAAAUCUAUUUCUUGAGAUUUUUUUAAAAGGGGGAACGAAAGAGAAAGAAAAACGAAGAACAUAAAAAAUACGAUCAUUCGACAGUAAUAAAGUUAAAGAUGAAUUUCUCUCAUGCAGCUCAUAUGUCUCAUGAAAAUAUGGAUCAUGGGAGUAUGAACCAUGCUGGCAUGGAUCAUGUAAAUAUGGACCAUGCAAAUAUGAACCAUGCAAAUAUGGACCAUGCAAAUAUGGAUCAUGGAAAUAUGAAUCAUGCUGGUAUGGAUCAUAUGGCUAGGGGUAAUGUGCAGAGCUCAGCAGGUGCUACGAGUGGUUGCAAUAAUAUAGGAAUGCAUGGUAUGUCGAUGGCUUUUCAUGGCGGCUACUGCGAGACUGUACUAUUUGAAUCUUGGAAAAUAACGUCGAUCGGUGGUCUCGUUGGUUCCAUGAUUGGUAUAAUAAUUAUGGCUACUCUUUAUGAGGGUUUGAAGUAUUACCGGGAAUAUCUUUUCUGGAAGACGUAUAGUUCCUUACAAUAUAGAAGCGUUACGAUGCCUCAAGAGAAAAAUGUUGUUGCUGAAGAUAAUAGAGUUGUCCAGUGAGUUCCAAUUUCUACGUAUUAAUAAUAUUAUGGUCGGUGAGGUAAUCCAUAAACGGCCGCCCACAAUGCUGUCAUGGAUGCAUUGUUUCCAAACGUUCCUGCAUAUCAUACAAGUCAUCCUUUCUUACUUUUUAAUGCUGAUCUUCAUGACAUUCAACACCUGGCUCUGU